CAGAACAACAUCGAUGGUAUCUUCCGGAACAUCUAUUGUCUGUGGUGGUGGAAUAGGAGCAGUUAUGCUUUCAAGGAAGAAUUCCAUUUCUUUUGAAGAUGUAGCUGUGUUUUUCUCCAUGGGGGAAUGGGCCCUGUUGGACUUGGAGCAAAAAACCCUGUAUCGAGAAGUCAUGUUGGAAAAUGCAAGGAACGUUGCCUGUCUAAGUGGUGAAUGGCAGGUGGAAGGUAAGAGGCAAGAGGCAGCAGCACCUUUUCCAAGAGAGAAAAGGGAAGUUAUGGAAAGGAUGUUUGGAAAGGAAAGUUCUGAGGAAAACCAAUUAAAAAGGGGGCUGGAGAAAUGCUUUCCUUUUCAGUGUGCCAAUAUUAGUGUCUUCUUGGCUGAAGAAGAUGCCCAAGGAAAAAGAGUGUGUCCAUCAUGUGGAAAAAUUCUCAGAGGUGAAUCAGGAUUAUGUGACUGUUCCAGUAGCCGCACUGUAGAAAAACAAAAUGAAAGCAGGAAACGCGUCAGAAGGACUAUUCCUCUUAUCUUAAGUCAGGGAAUACAAGUUGGAGAAAAACCAUAUAAAUGCUUAGAGUGUGGAAAGAGCUUCAGAGACUCAAGUUAUCUUACAUCCCAUAGAAGGAUCCACACAGGAGAGAAACCAUAUGAAUGCAAGGAAUGCGGAAAGAGCUUCCAUUUUGCCACAAGCCUAACUUCCCACAAUAGGAGUCACACCGGGGAGAAACCAUAUGAAUGCCAGGACUGUGGGAAACGCUUCACUCUCUCAGGUUCCCUCAUUUACCAUAAAAGGAUCCACACCGGAGAGAAACCAUAUAAAUGCCAGGAGUGUGGAAAAUGCUUCACUAUGUCAGGUUCCCUCACUUCUCAUGAAAGAAUCCAUACUGGAGAAAAGCCAUAUCAAUGCCAGGAAUGUGGGAAGAGUUUCAGAUCCUCAGGUUUCCUUGCUUCUCAUAAAAGGUUCCACACCGAGGAGAAACCACAUAAAUGUACAGAGUGCGGAAAGUGCUUCACCAAUUCAGGUUCCCUCAAAUGCCAUAAAAGAAUCCACACCGGGGAGAAACCAUAUCACUGCAAGAACUGCGGAAAGAACUUUAGGCAAAAAUAUCAUUAUACUGUUCAUAACAGAAUCCACACCGGGGAGAAACCGUAUAAAUGUCCGGAGUGUGAAAAAAGUUUCCGUUCUGCAAAACACCUUACUUAUCAUAAAAGGAUCCACACAGGGGAGAAACCAUAUAAAUGCCAGGAGUGUGGAAAGAGCUUCCGUUCUGUAAAACAUCUAACUUAUCAUACAAGGAUUCACACAGGGGAGAAACCAUAUAAAUGUCAGGAGUGUGGAAAAUGUUUUACUAUGCCAGGGUCCCUCACUUCCCAUAAAAGGAUCCAUAGUGGGGAAAAGCCAUAUCAAUGCCAGGAUUGUGGAAAGUGUUUCAUCGGUUCAAGUUUUCUGACUUCCCAUAAAAGGUUCCACACUGAGGAGAAACCAUAUAAAUGCACAGAGUGCGGAAAGUGCUUCGCUUAUUCAGGUUCUCUCACGUCCCAUAAAAGGAUCCACACUGGGGAGAAACCAUACGAAUGCAGGGAAUGUGGAAAGAACUUCAGUCAAAAAUAUAAUUAUACUGUACAUAACAGAAUCCACACUGGGGAGAAACCAUAUCAAUGCACCGAGUGUGGAAAGAGCUUCCGCAAGAGUAUCAAUCUUACUUCCCAUAAAAGGAUCCACACCGGGGAGAAACCGUAUAAAUGCAGGGAGUGCGGAAAAGGUUUCAUAAGCAGCAGCACCCUUAGUCACCACAAGAGGACUCACACAGGGGAAAAAGCAUACAGAUGCGAUGAAUGUGAAAAAUGCUUCUCUAAUUCAGGUUCCCUUAUUUCCCACAAAAGGAUCCAUACAGGGGAAAAACGAUAUAAAUGCCCCGAGUGUGGAAAAUGCUUCACUAAUUCAAGUUCCCUGAUUUCCCACAAAAGAAUCCACACAGGGGAGAAACCGUAUAAGUGCAUGGAAUGUGAAAAGAGUUUCAUAACCAGCAGUCACCUCAGUCGUCACAAGAGGAUCCACACGGGGGAGAAACCAUAUAAAUGUAGUGAGUGUGGAAAAUGCUUCCGACAAAUUAGUGCACUUAAUACCCAUAGAAAGAUUCACUCAGGGGAGAAAUCAGUUACGCGUGUAGACCGUGGAAAGAGUUCCUGUAACAGCAGAAGCUCCGUAUGAUCCUAUUACAAAACCAUAGAGACGUACGGAAUGUGGAAAUGGCUAUAGUAAUAGCACCCGAUCUACUUUUGAUACUUUACACAGAGAGAAACCAUCUAAGUGUGGUAAUUUGUGGAAAGAGUUUCUGCGAUAGCAGAAUUGUUCUUUCUCACAAAGGCAUCCAUACCGGAGAGAAUCCCUAUAAAUGGCUGGAGCGUGGAAAGAAGUUCAGAACAAGCAGUUGUCACAAGAGAAGCCACAUUGGUGAGAAAUUAUAAAUGUAUGAUGUGUGGAAAGGGAUUUGCUGUCCCACAGGUGCUUUUUUCAAGAGGCAACGGGGCUUUGUUAUUUUUCUUUGAAGACGUUUCAUGUGAAAAAAAAAAAUCAACCAUUCAGAAGAUACUGAAGACCUGUGAACAAUUUAUAUAAGAGCU